UUUUCUGACACAUAACCUCACUUUUCUUAUCGUUGUUUGGCUUUUUUAAAACAACACGUGCAAUUAAUUUAGUUUAAAAAGGAAAAAAGAAUUAAAUAGAUUAGAUUAGUUGUUCGUUAAAGUAUUGGUAAGUGCGUUAAUUUAGUGAAAAUGGAACGAAAUACGGAGAAAAAACGCUUUAAAAUAAAGCGAAAAAUUCAGGAAGAAAAUGAACCUGGAAAAUAUGUUCGUUUGAAUAAACCGGGUGGAUCGCAAGAUGAAGGUAAUAAAGUGAAGAAAUUCGAAAAAAAAUUAAAAUUGGAGAAGAAAUUAAAAAAAUUAAAAAGUGAGGUUAUGUCAAGUGACAAUGAAGAAAGUGAGGUUAAGACCACCGAAUUAUCACCAAUUUCGCAAGAAUUAGACAUAAAUAAAGUAUUAAACCAAUUAAACUUUGAUAAACCAUCAAUAAUCUCCGGAAUACACGCUUUAUUUAAAAUUUUGGAACAAAAAAAGAAUGAAAAUCAAUUAUUAGAUUUAGACACUCCGAUUUUCUUAUUAUUAUCAUCAUUUAAAGUCCCAAUUUGUCCAGCAAGAACGGUUCGGCUUCCUUUGAAGCACAUGUUGCAUGAUGAGGACUCAACUGUGUGUUUUAUUGUAAGCGAUGUUGAUGGAAUUGUUAAAAAAGAGCAUGAAAAAGUUGCUGAAUAUUAUGAGAAGUUGUUUAUUGAGAAAGGUGUUGAAACGAAAAUCAAUAAAAUCUUACCUUUACACGAACUCAAAACGGAAUACAACGAAUUUGAAAUGAAACGAAAAUUGUUGGCGACGUACGAUGUGUUUUUUGUUGAUGGAAAGAUAUCUAAAUAUGUUUCGAAACAUUUGGGGAAAAUCUUUUAUAAGAAACGUCGGUUACCAAUUCCCAUUCGAAUGGAACAUGGGAUGGCCCAAAAAAUGAAAUAUGCGAUGUUAAGGACGAGUAUAAAUAUUCAAGGGCAUGGAAAUUCUUAUUCGGUUCAAAUUGGACAUUGUCAUAUGAAAGUUAUGGAGAUUUUUGAGAAUAUUUUAACGGCGUGUGAAGCCUUGGCAAAGGAAUUUCCUGGGGGGUGGGAAAAUAUUAAGGUUGUUAAUUUAAAAACGGAUUUGAGUAUGGCUGUUCCACUUUAUAUUUCUUUGAAAAAUCCUGAUGAAAUUCAAGUGCCAAAAAUAAGAGGAAAAAGAGCGAAAUCUUGUAAUGUGUAUUCGGAUGAAUUAUCAACUAAGAAUAAUUCAAAAGUUACUGUUUAUCCAUCUGGAAGGGUUUUGGUGGAGCAGUUAUCAGCUAAAAAGAGGAAAAGAAAUAAUUAAUUAAUUAAUUUGUAGUUAAUUAUAUGGAAUUAAGUAUUUUUGGGAAAACAAAUUACUUUUUUAACUCA